AUGGCUAUUGAUCCGAGUCUUUCUUUGGCUUCUAUAACUGGAUCAUUUCCAUUUCUGAGUCUGGACCUUUGUCUCAGCAUUGUCCUCUUGAUAUCCCUUUUCGUUUUCUGGUUGACCCCAGGUGGCUUUGCCUGGGCAAUUUACAAAGCUCGUUUCCAUACCCGGGUACAAUCCAAAACCCGAGCCGCCAUUCCUGGCCCGGCAGGUCACCCCAUCAUUGGCCUCCUCUUGGCCUUCGUCAAUAACGCCUUAACACACAGAAUCCUCGCCAGUAUUGCUAACUCCUGCAAUGCAAAAGCUCUCAUGGCGUUCUCUAUCGGUUCGGCCCGGUUUGUUAUAACUAGCGAACCGGAGACCGCCAAAGAGCUCUUAAACAGCUCUGCUUUUGCGGACAUGCCUGUGAAAGAGUCUGCUUACGAGCUGCUUUUUCACAGAUCUAUGGGGUUUGCUCCGUUUGGUGAUUACUGGAGAGAGCUGAGGAGAAUCUCUUCUACUCAUCUCUUUAGCCCUAAGAGGGUCUCCGGUUGCGAGUCCCGUAGAAAAAUCGGGAAUAGUAUGGGAGAAGAUAUCAACAGCGCAAUGGCGAGUUAUGGAGAGGUGGAGAUCAGAAGGAUCUUGCAUUUUGGAUCAGUCAACAACGUCAUGUCUAUCGUUUUCGUAAGAACAUAUGAUUUCAACGAUGGUACCAAUGAGUUGGAGCACUUCGUGUCCGAAGGCUAUGAGCUUCUCGGAAUAUUUAACUGGAGUGAUCAUUUCCCGGGAGCGAGGUGGUUAGAUUUACAAGGCGUGAGGAGAAGAUGCCGUAGCCUUGUCGGUGAGGUGAAUGUGUUUGUCGGAAAUAUAAUCGAUGACCACAUAUCAAAGAGGUCUCUUCAUGAUAGUCAAGAAGAAGAAAUCACUGAUGAGGAUGACUUUGUUGAUGUUUUACUUGGCAUGCAAGGCAACAGCAAACUUUCCAACUCUGAUAUGAUUGCCGUCCUUUGGGAAAUGAUUUUUAGGGGAACAGACACCGUGGCCAUUCUAUUGGAAUGGAUCCUUGCGAGAAUGAUUCUUCACCCUGACAUUCAAGCCAAGGCGCAGGCCGAGAUCGAUGUUAUCGUGGGUGAAUCGGGACGUCAAGUCUCAGACUCAGACCUCCCCAAGCUUCCAUACCUCCGUGCCAUCGUCAAGGAAACCCUAAGGAUGCACCCACCUGGUCCCGCAUGGGCUCGUCUCACCAUUCACGAGACUCAGAUUGGGACCCACUUUAUUCCCGCUGGGACCACUGCUAUGGUUAACAUGUGGGCUAUAACGCAUGAUGAAAAGGUUUGGCCGGAGGCUCACGAGUAUAAGCCAGAUAGGUUUCUUGGUGCGCCCGAAAGUGGUAACUUCCCCAUCAUGGGAUCUGAUUUGAGGCUUGCUCCCUUUGGUGCAGGGCGUAGGGUCUGUCCUGGUAAGUCUAUGGGUAUAGCCACAGUGGAGCUAUGGCUGGCUCAGUUGCUAGGUAGCUUCAAGUGGGUCCCUUGUGGUGAAGUAGAUUUGAGCGAGACUUUGAAGCUCUCUUUGGAGAUGAAGAACCCUCUUGUUUGCUAGGCAAUCCCUAGGGUUUAA